AUGAGUAUUCCUUCUCCCUCACACAGCGAACUGCAAAAAACACCUCACUUGGCAAACAAUUUACGCGUUUGUGGGGUUUUACGCAAAAAUUGGGUAGAUUCUGUGUGUGAGCGAUCCACGGUUUGUUUCUGCCUUCAGUUUGCCUACGAGUGCGCGUACACAUUGUGAUAUUUUAGCGUUUAGGAGCGAAUCGGGCAAUAAAGUCGAUGAGUUUGGGGGCAGCGCAGCCAGCAGCAGUAGCAGCAGCAGUGUUCAUGCAAGUGUGGCAUAUAUGACGACGGUUCAAAGAAAUAGAAGCUGUUAAUAUUUUCGUUACCUCGGUGCAAGAUACUGUCCCUUUGUAGUGCGAGAAAGCUCCCCCGUGAGUUUCACAGUGCUGGUUGUCCGAUACGCGAAAGCCAGAGCUUACAUAAAUCUAUAAACCCGCACAUUCGGCCAAUCUAGACAUCAGCCAGCAGAAAGUGUACAAAUUUUCCCGUUUUGGGGACGUCCCGAUUAGAGUGGACCAGCACAAAACAAAGCGAUAAAAAGGGAUAAUCCAGACAUCCACCCCAUUGGUACGGAGCGACGGGAAGUUGCGGGUAAGGGAGCCUCGCCUAAAUAGGAAGAAAAUAUCCAACCAAGCAGCAUUACACACGUGUGCGUGAAAGAGACAGAAACAGACUGUUCGAGAAGCAGCAGCAGCAGUAGCACCGAACCGGAAAAGAAACACAGCACCACUUCCAAGCAACAGAGCAGCACUAAGGAAAAAUACUAAAGAUUUUCUUUCGGUAAACACAAAGAUCCUGCUGGGUUCAUAAUCCUUGGUUGGCUUUCUCGUAGAGCGACCCCGUCCAGAAAAUGUCCACGCCAGCCCGCAGACGUCUUAUGAGAGAUUUCAAAAGGCUUCAGGAAGAUCCACCUACCGGCGUGUCCGGUGCACCGACCGAUAACAAUAUUAUGAUUUGGAACGCUGUGAUUUUCGGACCACACGACACACCUUUCGAGGACGGUACGUUCAAGCUAACGAUAGAGUUUACCGAGGAGUAUCCCAAUAAGCCGCCUACGGUGAGGUUUGUGUCAAAGAUGUUCCAUCCAAAUGUGUACGCGGAUGGCGGUAUCUGUCUGGACAUUUUGCAGAAUAGAUGGAGCCCUACAUACGAUGUGUCAGCUAUACUAACAUCCAUUCAGUCUUUAUUGAGUGAUCCAAAUCCAAACUCACCGGCCAAUUCGAUGGCAGCGCAGCUCUACAAAGAAAAUCGCCGGGAGUACGAAAAACGAGUGAAAGCCUGCGUCGAGCAAAGCUUUAUCGACUAGCCCCGUUCCCAUUGCUGUCUUUGUCCUCUUCGUCUUCGCUAUCGUGUCCAUCAUUGUCCUGAUCGUGUCGCCCUCCGUUUUGAACCGGUGUUCCGAGAUCAUCAGCCCCGCUGCUGUACGCCAUCCGAUGUCAGUGUUGUGGAUCGUAAAGUGGGUACUUUAGUGGAUCUCUCCCUGAAAACUGCUCACAGUUCGUGGCUCCUUACACCGACGAUGAUGUUUCGGUAACUUUUCUUUGGCAGUAGAUCACGUUUCUUCUCCGACAGUGCUGUCCUGAAAAACGCAUUCUCUUGCCCUACGAUGUCAUGAGUCAUUGCAUGUGUAACGAAGCAAAAAAAAAAGAGAGAGAGGGAGUUAUCAAACAACAGGCGUAGCUGUAAUAUCAUCAUACCUCCCAAUGAAUUGCUAAAACACAGAUACAGAUUCCGAGUCUACUCUGUAGACGAUGUGAGUUGCUUUCAUACCUGCUAUACGUAAAGCUAUAUUUUCACGCAAUAUUGAAGCAAAAAAUUAAAUCAUACAGUUCAUCAAAUCUAUAUUGCGCAUAAUUUUGUAACAAAUCAUGUUAAAAAUGGGGAAACAGAAAUAUACAUUUACCCGUUGGAAUACAAUCCUCGCCGAUGGUAGAAUGGAUCUUCCCCUCUCUCUCACACUCACACAAACACUUUGAUGUGCGGCAAUGCGACUAAUUAUCAGCCAAAAGAAACCUUUACUUCCAUUGUUCUUUUCUCCAAUGUUGGCUGUAAUUAAGCUAUGAUUAUUUUGGAACAGUUAAUGAAUCUUUCCAAUGUCACAAUAUACCCAGUUUAGCAUAUGUUUUGUUGACACAUGCUUUGAUCUUCUAUCGGCAAAAUUUACAAAAGCACAAGGGCCAUUGUGAAUGUGUAUGAGGGUGCGUGGAAUAAAGUGAACGUAAUUAAGUUCGAAUCCUUGCUGGAUAAGCGAGAGUGAAAAGUGAACAUGUUUUGCUGCUAAUUACGAUACCUUUAAUUUACAAAAGAUAAUAUAUAAAUGCAAAUUGUACUAAUUGAACAUUAUUGGAAUGAAUCAUCAAAUACCUGGUGAAAGAAGGUUUAAAAAGUGUUAGUGAAAAAUUGUCGUUACGGCAGUAAAUUUAUCAUGGAAUAAACUACAGAACACGAUUAACAGCUUUGCCACCGUCGGCAGAUGAUGACAGCAGUCGUCGGCUGGAUUGGAAUCGCAUCCGCAGUACACUUUUUUAAUUUACAGAUUCAUUUACGCUCUAUUACACACUGGUGUUAUGCAUACACAUGCUCGGAAAGGGUGUACGCAUAUACUACGACAUACUACUGCACAUAAUACACUUACCGAUAGGUAAAUAUCGGCUUCACGAGUGGUAAAAACGACGGAGACAGCGAGGGGAAGCAGUGAAAGGUUCGCGCAAAAUAAAGGUGACCUAGGAUAUGUUAUGGUGAAAUAUUAUAGUACUGUCUAAGCAUUAUUAUAUACGCGAGGCGCGAAAACACUCGACGAACAAACCAGGGAAAGAUAGCAAUGAAUGAGCUCCGAGCGGGUUUAUAUGAAACAUAAUAAUUACAUUGAAGAAAAGCAUAAAAGAACGCAACUUUACAACUAUCGGACACUCUCACUAGAACUCGACCUGAUACUGUGUAAUAAUAAUAAUAAAUAAUGAUAAAGAAAAAAAUAAGAAACACAAAUUGAAUAAACGAAAGGAAAACAUGAUGAUGCUAAAAUAGUGCAUACAAUUAGUAGCUGACGAUGAGAAGCGUACAAGAGAGCACGAUAUUGAAAUGUGAAGCAACAUAACUCUUAAUAGCAAUUGUAUGUGAGAACAGCCGCUGGGAUUCAGAAGCCAGCAAAUUAUAACGAAACUAAACAAAGAAAAAUAAAGCGUAUUAAACCUUA